AUGAGUGAUGUAUAUCCAUGGCAAUGGAAGGUAGAAAGCAAACGGCUUCUAUGGCUAUUGGGACUCACAUUUGCUCUCAUUGUCACAUUCCAAUACGUCGAGUUACCAUACUCCAUCUCCUCUCUCUUCUCUUCUACCAAGAUUCCCAUUUCAAGAAACUCAACUUCACUUAUAGGAACCCGUAAUCAUCAUAAUGGUAACUUAACUCCGGCUAUGGCUCCAACCCUUCUCCCAAGUAGUUCCACUUCAAAAGAUUCCAAGGAAGUUGAGGUGGAUCAGAUAAUUAAUAGCAGUGGAAACGCGACUGCUUCCGCUGCUCCACCAAAGGAAAAUGCAACUGCGCAUGGUGCUAACGCAACAGCCUCGGUUGCACUGCCUAGUUUAAAACAAUCUCAAGUAAAUGAAAAUGUAACAGCACAUGAGGCUAGUGCAAAGGACCCGUUUCCUUUAAAGCAAAACGCAACAUUGCUUACAACCAGCCAAGUUCUUGAAAAUAAUUCAACUAAAGAAGAUGUUGGUGCUGCUUCUCCUCUUGUGAGAUUUGUACCUGACUUUAAGGAGAACGCAAAAAUGCUUGACUCCGGAGUGAUGUCAAUAUCCGAGAUGAGCAAGCAGUUGCGUCGAAACCGUAUUUCUCAUAAUCUUCUUGCGAAGGAACCAAAAUGGGUAACUAAGCCUGACCUAGAGCUUUUACAAGCAAAACAUGAGAUUGAGAAUGCACCAAUUGAUGACAAAGACCCUCUCCUCUACGCUCCUCUUUAUCGCAACGUCUCCAUCUUCAAACGGAGCUAUGAGAUAAUGGAGAAGAUGUUGAGGGUUUAUGUAUAUAAAGAAGGAGAUAAACCUAUCAUGCACACUCCAAUACUGAGAGGGAUCUAUGCAUCCGAAGGAUGGUUUAUGAAACUUAUUGAAUCCGACAACAAGUUUGUCACUAAGGACGCUACAAAAGCUCAUCUAUUCUACUUACCCUUCAGUUCCACAAAGCUCGAGGAGACUCUUUAUGUAAAGAACUCCCAUAGUCACCGUAAUCUCAUUAAGUAUCUAAAAGACUAUAUUGACUUCAUUUCCAUAAAAUAUCCUUUUUGGAACCGAACUUCUGGAGCUGAUCAUUUCCUUGCAGCUUGCCAUGACUGGGCUCCAGCAGAGACACGGAAGCAUUUUUCCAAGAGCAUUAAGGCGUUUUGCAACGCGGAUGUUAAAGAAGGGUUUGUCUUUGGACAGGACACAUCUUUACCCGAGACAGUCGUCAGAGAUCCCAAGAAACCACUAAGUAACAUCGGUGGCAUGUCCGCUUCCAAAAGACCAACACUAGCUUUCUUUGCUGGGAAUCCCGACCACGGUUACGUUAGGCCCAUCCUACUCUCUUACUGGGGUAACAACAAAGAUCCUGACAUGAAAAUAUUCGGGAAGCUUCCAAGGUCUAAAGGAAACAAGAACUACCUUCAGUUCAUGAAGACAAGCAAGUACUGCAUUUGCGCCAAAGGGUAUGAAGUAAACAGCCCGAGAGUGGUGGAGGCUAUCUUCUAUGAUUGUGUUCCGGUCAUAAUAUCUGAUAACUUUGUGCCACCUUACUUCGAGGUUUUGAACUGGGAGGCGUUUGCGGUUUUUGUGUUGGAGAAAGAUAUACCUAACUUGAAGAAGAUUUUGAUGUCUAUUUCGGAACGUAGGUAUAGGCAAAUGCAGAUGAGAGUGAAGAGAGUGCAGAAGCAUUUUCUGUGGCAUGUGAAGCCUGAGAAGUAUGAUAUGUUUCACAUGAUUCUUCAUUCGGUUUGGUUUAACCGAGUUUUCCAAAUUUCGGUUUAG